AUGCCUACGCAGAACUCGCCUGUGAACGAUCCAGCAUCAGGAAAGACAGGUCUACCAGAGUCUGAUACGACAGAGAACAAGGACAGUCCUCCCCAAGACAUGGUUCAUGAGACCGAACCUCUUCGGAAGCCAUCAAGAAUACGUUACACGGCGUCCUGUUACAACCAUAACGGUAAAAACUUUGACUAUUCUCAGGAUGAGCCAUUCCCAUCCCAGGUUCCUCGCCACGACGAGACAGCUAAGCCUAUCGUUGAGGUCGUCACCAUCAUGAACGUUGCGCUCACGAGCAACUUGAAGCCAUCUAACGAAAAGAAUGACGAGAAAGGCAACAUUAAGAAGGAAACAUUGGCCAAUAAAGUUAUACGAGGAAUCGGAAGUCCACGUAUCAUCAUCCAUUUCCCGUACUUGUCCGAGCUGAUUCGCGAUACUGUCGACUACUAUCCGGGGCAGAACCUGACCGGAGAGACCAUCACAAUUCACGAACCUUACGGAGUUCUGCUGCACCACUGGGAGACAUUAAGCCGAAUUUAUGCCUCUCGUGAGGAUCCCAUGGAGUCAACCACAAUGGAUCGCGCAACUAAAGUUGAGCACUUGGGCGUGUUGAUCGAAUAUCUGAAUCCAAUCGUUAAAAGCCAGCUCGAACCAAUGCAAAGACGGCUGGGGCAAGACUCGCCCACAACUACUUGGGACGAGCUAUGGUAUUUGCUACGACCUGGCUCCCAGAAUUAUUGCAAGUGGGAUGGCCAGUGGAUAGGAUGCGUCGUCGAGGAAACCAGGAAAUGCCCCCCGGACGCAGAUGACAACCUCCCAGAACGAUGGAAAGUAAAAAUAUGGUUCCUAUCGAUGCAUUGGACCUACGGAACCCUGAUUACUGUGUAUAAUACCAUCGACAUCCACAAGUUCGAAGGCGAGAAGAAGGUAGGACAGCUUGAUAUCUUUCCAGAGAAGUUUUUCAAAGGCGAGCGGAAGAAGGAUUUCGAGAUUCGUGGUAACCGGAUCUGUGACAUGCUCUGGAAGGGGCACGAAUAUGCUCAUUACGAUGGCGAGUUGAUGAGCAAAAAGAAGAUUAAGAUCAUUCUCAGUGCAUUUGUUGAUCAGGCCCCGGAUUUCGAUGAGGAUGAAUGGGGGUUUGAUAUGUUCCCAGAACCUUUAGACCAGGCUAGGUCUGCAAAUGACCCUUCAGUCUCGGCACAUGUGGGGAACAUCCAAAGCCUGGCACAGGAAGAAGUCCCUGAACCGAUCGUUAGUGGUGAAAAGCUGAAGAUCAUCAAGGCUUUAGCUGAACGCCAAAUGACUUCGAAGCCCUGGUCAGCAGACUAUAUCAGGAACAAGGGUGAAGGAGUCGUCAUCCUUCUUCACGGGCCUCCUGGUGUGGGAAAGACUUACACAGUUGGUAUGGUUGGCCACAUCGAUGAUGCCUUCAUGUCUCGUGUCCACGCUGUCAUCGGCUUCGAUCAGCUUGAUGGUGAACGACGUGCAAAGAUUUGGGAUAGUCUUCUUAUGAAGCUCAAUCGCGAGCAAAAGGGAGCAAUUCGCAUCAGCAAUGGUGCCAAGAAGUUUCUGAAGACACCCGAGGUGCUUGAGUACACGGACUGGAACGGUCGUGAGAUUCGCAACGCCUUUCAAACGGCUAUCGCGCUUGCCGAGUACGAGGCUAAGAACGCCUCGGACUACGACCAUACACAGGAGAUCAUUGUGGAGGCUGAGCACUUCAAAGAUGUGAUGGCAAUGAAUAAGUUCUUCCGGUCCUAUCUGGACAGCAUUAAGGACCGCAAUGAGGGUGAGCGGGCGCAAUCAGCAGCGUGGAGAAAUGACUCUUGGAACGCAGAAGAGAAAGGGAAUUAG